AUGGACUGGGAUCUCAAGAUGCCGCCCGGCGCCUGGGACCUCACCGAGCUGGAGAACGACGCGGCCGCUGCGCCGGCGGCUGCCCAGGCGUCGGCCGGCGGCAUUGCUAAUGCGGCCGGCCGGCCGGAGUGCUCCGUGGACCUGAAGCUCGGCGGGCUCGGCGAGUGCGGCGCUGCUCCGGACAGCCGCGGCCUCGGCAAAGCGCCGGCCGAGGCGGCGUCCUCGGCGUCGGCGCCCAGCGCGGCGAAGCGGCCGCGCGCGUCGUCGGGAGGGGGAGGUUGGAGCGGCGCGGGGCAGCAGCAGUGUCCGUCGUGCGCGGUGGACGGGUGUAGGGCGGACCUGAGCAAGUGCCGCGACUACCAUCGCCGGCACAAGGUGUGCGAGGCGCACUCCAAGACCCCCGUCGUCACCGUCGCCGGCCGCGAGAUGCGCUUCUGCCAACAGUGCAGCAGGUUUCACCUGCUUACGGAGUUUGAUGAGGCCAAACGCAGCUGUAGAAAGCGUCUUGAUGGGCACAACCGUCGCCGCAGGAAACCGCAGCCAGAUGUGAUGAAUUCUGCAAGUUUUAUGACAAGUCAACAAGGAACAAGGUUUUCAUCAUUUCCAACUCCAAGACCGGAGCAAAACUGGCCAGGGAUCAUUAAAACUGAGGAGAACCCCUAUUACGCACAUCAACUCCCUCUAGGCAUCAGCAACAGGCAGCAUUUUGGUGGCUCUGCGUCGACUUACGCCAAAGAAGGACGGCGAUUUCCUUUCCUGCAGGAAGGCGAAAUAAACUUUGCCACUGGUGUGGCACUUGAGCCUUCAGUGUGCCAACCGCUCCUCAAGACGGUAGCUCCUCCCGAGAGCAGCAGCAGCAGCAGCAAGAUGUUCUCUGAUGGGCUGACUCCAGUGCUGGACUCAGACUGUGCUCUCUCUCUUCUGUCAGCUCCGGCAAACUCCUCUGGUAUCGAUGUUGGCCCGAUGGUCCAACAGACUGAACACAUCCCCAUUGCCCAGCCUCUGUUCUCCAACCUGCAAUUCAGCAGCUCGUCCUGGUUCUCGCGCACCCAGGCUUCUACCGGUACCGUCUCAGCGACUGGAUUUUCCUGCCCUGUGGGGGAAAAUGAGCAACUGAACAAUGUGCUAAGCUCGGACAACAAUGACUUGAACUACAAUGGGAUAUUUCAUGUCGGCGGUGAAGGCUCGUCGGACGGCGCCCCGCCAUCUCUGCCCUUCCCGUGGCAGUAG